AUGUCCCGCGCAGGCAUCUGGCUCAAAAUCCUCGGCGCCGGCAUCGUCGUCUCCGUCGGCGGCCCUCUCUUCGUACAAUCCAUCCGCCCCACAGACGAAGAACUAGUUAAGCGAUACAAUCCAGACCUUCAAAAGCGCAGCGCCGAGCAAGGGGAGCAGCGCGCGCAGGAGUUCGAUGACUAUGUGAAUAAGCUGAAGGAGUGGUCAAAGUCGGAUAAAUCCAUUUGGUACGCAGCGCAACAAGAGCAGGAGUCCAAACAGGCGACGAUGGAUGCGCAGCGCGCUAAGGAAAGUGCGGAUGCGAGAAUACAGCGGGAAGAGAUGCGGAAGGAGUUGCUAGGCAAGAAAUAG